UUCGACCGGAAAUCUUAUAUUUGGCGUUACUGCUGAAAGAUAUGGCUGCAUACAUUGUAUUAGCCUGCUAACUCGACGUUUACUUUUGACAUAAGCUUAAUUAUUCGACCAACGUUUUGAAAUUGUAUGAUAACAAGCAAGUUAUAUCGCUUCUGUAGACACACAAAAAAUCGUUAACCAUGUUAACGACUUUCUGAGUUUUUAAAAUCACGUUAGCUAUCAAGCUAUACAAAGGAGAAACCAGUUAGCCAGCUACUAGCCUAGCUAGUACUAGGUGGCUAGCUAGUUUAGCUCCUUACGAAGUGUUUUAUUGUUAUUUUGUUACCAGAUAGAUAAAAAAAAAAACAUAGCUGGAUACAUUUGCUGGUGUUACAAAGAAAAAGCGCCUAUCGAGCCUCAAUGCCCGAACAAGGCCCAAGGAUGAAUGGUUUUUCCCUCGGCGAACUAUGCUGGCUAUUCUGUUGCCCGCCCUGUCCCAGUCGCAUCGCAUCCAAACUAGCCUUUCUCCCUCCCGAACCCACGUACUCCGUACACACGGAUGCUAACGGGACGAGUAGCCUGCAUCUAACCGAGCGAGCAGACUGGCAGUACUCCCAACGCGAACUGGACGCUGUCGAGGUGUUCAACACCAGAACCAGUCGGGGAAACCGACUGGGUUGCAUGUUUGUACGAUGCGCACCCAACAGCCGGUACACGUUGCUCUUUUCCCACGGUAACGCAGUGGACUUAGGCCAAAUGUGCAGUUUUUACAUCGGCCUCGGUUCGAGGAUAAAUUGCAACGUCUUCUCGUAUGAUUAUUCGGGCUACGGUGUCAGCAGCGGGAAACCGUCAGAAAAGAACCUGUAUGCGGACAUCGAGGCUGCCUGGCAGGUGCUAAGGAACAAGUAUGGAGUGACCCCAGAGAACAUAAUCCUGUACGGUCAGAGCAUCGGCACGGUACCCACGGUGGAUCUGGCGGCGCGCUACGAGUGUGCCGCCGUCAUCCUGCACUCACCUCUUAUGUCCGGCCUGCGAGUGGCCUUCCCUGAAACGCGCAAGACCUACUGCUUCGACGCCUUCCCCAGCAUUGAUAAACUGUAACCCGUGGCGUCGCCGGUGCUGGUGAUCCACGGCACGGAGGAUGAGGUGAUCGACUUCUCGCACGGCCUGGCAAUGUACGACUGCCCGCGUGCCGUGGAGCCCCUGUGGGUGGAGGGCGCCGGGCACAACGACAUCGAGCUCUACGCCCAGUACUUGGAGCGACUCAAGCAGUUCAUCUCCAUCGAGCUGCCCACAUCCUGAUCUCCUUGGCCUC